CUUCACUAUUAAUUUCUCCCCUGUUUUCCAGGGUUUCACUGAUUCAAAACUUCUUCUUUCUUCUUUGUUUCUUUUUUAACCAAAAAAAGCAUUUUUUCUUUCUUUCUUGACCCCUUGUUAUAUCUUUCUUCCCCUUUUCUAUCACUGCCCAAAAUAUUUAUUUAGAGACCCUUUUCUUGAACUCAAGUUCAUGUCUAAUUUGUAUAAUCAUAACUUGAAUUUCUCACCUGCAAGAGCUGUUUCUCCUCAUAUUAAUAGGACCAACCAAGAUGUUGAUAGUCAGUACUUGACAGAGUUGUUAGCAGAAAGGCAAAAGCUUGGACCUUUUACACAAGUUCUUCCAAUAUGUAGCCGACUCUUGAAUCAAGAAAUACUAAGACUUUCUGGAAUGAUACCCAACCAAGCACUCAGUGACUAUGACAGACUACAACGUGGAAGCCCUAGUCCCGUGGGUCCAUAUGACAUGAUGCAACAUGUUGGAGGAAAAGGUUUAGGUGGCUGGAAUGGGAAUGGAUGGAAUGCCUUUCAAGAGCAAAGAUUAGGUGGACCACAGGGAAGGCCCAUCGACUGGCAAGCUUCACCAGGAAGUCCAAGUUCAUUUGUUGUUAAGCGGGUGUUGCGUUUGGAUAUACCUGUUGACAGAUAUCCGAAUUUCAACUUUGUUGGGCGGCUUUUAGGACCUCGAGGUAAUUCUCUGAAGCGGGUGGAAGCAUCUACUGGGUGUCGUGUAUUUAUAAGAGGACAGGGUUCAAUAAAAGACCCUGAAAAAGAAGAGAGUCUGAGAGGCCUUCCAGGUUAUGAGCACCUCAAUGAGCAACUGCAUGUUCUACUUGAGGCAGAAUUACCCCUCAAUAUAGUUGACGCACGGUUGAAACAAGCGAGCCAAAUUAUUGAAGAGCUGCUCAGACCUGUGGAUGAGUCGCAGGACUUAUAUAAAAGGCAACAGCUUAGAGAACUUGCGUUGCUGAAUAACAAUUUUAGAGAAGAGAGCCCCCAACCAAGGGGUAGUCUAUCUCCUUUUAGUUCAAGCGGGAUGAAGCGAGCGAAAACUGGUUGGUGAUGAAUGCUAUGUUUCCUAUUUGCACAGCUGCUUCGCGUCUUCAGGCAGGGGGAUGCUAAUCUGCACCUAAAUGCAGCGCUUUUUUGUGGCUUUAACGUGGUGAAAAUAGUAUGUAACGAAGAAAAAAUAGCAGAUUAAAGACAACCUCAAACUGAUUUGUUGACUGUAGUUGUUUGUUGUUGAAGUAGAAUGAUUAUUUGAUUUAUUUGUUCUGGACAGCUAGUUGACAAGGGUGAUUUCCUUUCUUUUUUUCUCCUUUCCUUUUUGGGAUUUGUAUCAUAACAUCCUUUGUUAAAUAUAGAUUGCUAUAUGUAAAUCCUAUGAUAUGGAUUUAAGACCAUGUUCUCUCUAUAAAUGCAGAAGCUACAGUCCACUCCA